CAUCCGGGUUCCUCACCAUCCAUCAUACCACUUGCUCCCCAACAACGGCUACACGAAUCAAACACACUAUUGUCACACGCUCAUGGACUUGCUGCCUUUUUAGUUGGGGUAUAGCGGCCGGUGAUCGAGUGAGUCGAGCAGUGGCAUGGUCAAUUCGUAAAGCUUGCUUAACUCUUCAAACUUCUACCACCAGAUUUCAUUCAGCCGACCCAUCCACCAUGCCAUUGACCGUCUUGUCCGACUCAGACGUCCGUAACUUGCUCCACGGCUUGACCAGAGAUGAGGUCCUAGAUCUCCAAGAAAGCCUAGCCGAUGCGCUGCACUGCUACUCGACGUCAACCGAAGAAGACAACAAUGGCUGCGGAUCUUCGUACCAACCGCUGCGCACAUCAUUGAAGCGCUGUGACGGACAGACCACCCUGUUCAUGCCUGCUAGUAGCAACGAUGGACUGGGUGUCAAGAUCGUGACAUUGGCGGAACCGAAUAGCUCUUCCGAGCCGACAAGCUCCAGUCCCAAGACCGAAACAAGCUCCAAGAGUAGGUCUAGCAUUGACGAGAAGUCUAUAUCAUCACUUUCCUCCCUACAGAUCUCCUCCCGGUCAUCGCAAACGUCCGCAUCUACACCCGCAUCCGCAUCUGAGCCCCCAACCCUGAGUGAGGAAAGCCGCACCACCCCAAAAGGCACACUCACCCUCCUCGACGGCAACGGCGCCGCCCGAGGCUUCCUCAACGCCGAAGAGAUCACCGCCUUCCGCACCGCCCUAGCCUCUACAAUGCUCUUCAAAAAACGCCACAACGUGCACGAUCUAGUCGUCUUCGGCGCAGGAAAACAAGCUUACUGGCACAUCCGUCUCGCUCUCAUCCUCAGGGGCGAAGAGAUCCACCACCUAACCAUUAUAAACCGCACGUACGAGACCGCCGUCAGACUCCUCCAGACCCUCUUCUCCACUGCUCCAUCCUCCGACUCCGAUCCCUCUUCCGAACAGCCAUCACAGCCCCCGCUCCACCGGCCGAAGAUUCAGAUCAUCACCCCCUCCGCCCACGAAUACCCUCGACACCUCAAAAGCGCGAUCCGCUCUUCCGGCAUCAUCUUCUGCACGACGCCCUCACUCACCCCCUUGUUCCCGGCAUCCUACCUCACCAACCCCGAAGGCCGCAGAAAGGGGCGCUACGUGGCGGCCAUUGGAUCGUAUAAACCGCACAUGAUUGAAUUGCAUCCGGAUAUACUGAGGCAGAAUGUCAAGCCGAACCAUACGCAUAUGCAUUUCCAUAGACAUGCUGCUGAGGGUGGGGCAGUGGUUGUGGAUAGCGUGGAGGCUUGCCUCAAGGAGGCUGGUGAGGUGGUACAGGCCGGGUUGAGGGCGAGGGAGGUGGUGGAGUUGGGCGAGCUGAUUAUGUUGGGUCGGGAAGCCGACAGGAGGAGGAGUGAAGAAAACGCGAGGGAAAAUGAAAGGAGGAGAAGGAGGAGUAGGAGUAGGAGUAGGAGUAGGAGUAGGAGUAGGAGUAUGGCAGGGCUGGAGGGCGGUGAAGGGUUGGAUGAGGGGCGUGUGGAGCUGGCUGCAACUGGUGGAGGCGGAGGAACAAAGAUGGGAAAGUGGGUUAAGGGGCUGAUGGGUCGGGUGAAGGAGAUGGAGCAUGAUGCAGUGGACGAUGUGGUCGAUCCGUCGGUUGGGAGCAGUCUUUCCGACUGGUUGCAAAAGGGCAACGUCAUAUACAAGAGCGUAGGAUUAGGGCUCAUGGACGUGGUCGUGGGUCAUCAAUUAGUCCGGUUGGCGGAUCGGAAGGGCGUCGGUGUGGUUAUCCCGAGCUUUUGAGGGGGAAAGCAAAGGAGACGAAGAAGAUGGGGAAUUCGACGCCUGCUGUAGAUAGGGGUUCGGGACUCUGGAAGAGCGCUUUGGGAGUAUAGACUCGACGGUUGAUACAAAGUUGACCAUCAGUACCAAGCUAGGCAACAGGUAAUAUACUACAUAGAGGAUACCUUGGUAGAUGGACACCCUUUAUGAUAUCAGGUCAAAGGCAACAGCAUGGUCCACAAUGCAUAUCUGUGAGGAGAUAGCCACCAUCACAACCCCCAUCAUCAUAGAUCCAAAGGGAAC